UUUUUGUUUUUCAGUGGCUUUUGGUGGCUUAAACUGUGUGGGUGUCUGAUGCUGAUCACGUCCACGUUAAAAUUUGCUUAAAGUUAAUAUUCAAAGAAGAUUUUAGUCACGUAUAGACUCAGUGUAUCAAAAGGUUCACUAGGAUAACAUUUUUCCUGGUGUCAUUUGAAAAAGACUUUUGAACAUGAGGACCCAUUUGUGUCGGGACAACUUUGUCGAAAGGAGGACCGACAAACUCGAAUUUCACUACAGCAAAGCUACUGCCCAACGGACGGGAUGAAUCCCAACAGGAGCGACAAUGGCAGUCAAAUCGCGAUGGAUCAUCAUGUCGUGGCGGAUGAAACCGACUGGCAAAAUUCGGUGAAUCGUAACGUGAUCGGCAUCGAACCGAAUGAGUCCACUUUGCUGGUAUCGACUGGUGAUGUAUCAGACGGUGACGAUCCGUUUUGGAGCAAAGAACAGCUGAUUCUGAUUGAAAAUUUCCCCGCAAACGCAUUCGUCGUCAUGGGCUUGAUUGUCUCAAUCAUCGGAAUUUUUGGGCUUGUUGCCAAUGGAAUGGUACUCUUCAUCUUUUCCAGAUUCAAACGACUCCGAUCGCCACCGGCCAAUACGUUCAUCAUCAAUUUAGCGUUCAGCGACAUGUCGGCGUCGAUCCUUCACUCGAUGGCCGCCUAUUCCAAUUUCAACGGCCGCUGGGCGUUCGGUCGGCUGGGCUGCGAACUCUACGCUAUGGGUGUUGGAUUUUUCGGCUUCGUUUCGAUCCUGACGUUCAGCGCCAUCGCCUGCGAACGGUGUCUGGUCAUCGCCGGUCCAGCUACUAGAUCAGCCGUCGGCCUGGCCGAUGGACAUUGGAAAGUCAGCCGAACUCAGGCUCAAAAAGUGUGCGCCUUAAUUUGGCUGCACUGCGCCAUUCUUGUGUCGAUGCCUUUUUUCGGUUGGUCGUCCUACGUGCCGGAAGGAAUGCUGACCAGCUGCUCGUGGGAUUACACGACCAAGACGGCGGCCAACCGGGCCUAUUACAUCCUACUCCUCACCACCGGUUUCCUGCUACCUUUGAUGCUCAUUUGCGCCAGUUACGGGCGAAUUAUGGCCUCGGUCGUGUGGCACGCCCGUCAAAUGGUCUGCAUCAAUUCACAGAACAGCGCCUUCCGUAAACUCCGACGUCAGACGGAAAUCAGGACGGCCCAAAUUGUUGUCACGCUCAUCCUCGUUUACCUGACGGCCUGGACACCCUACGCCAUCGUGACGCUCAUCGGACAAUUCGGCUCGGAGGAUUCCCACUUGUCUCCCAUGGCCACCGCCAUUCCGGCCUAUUUCGCCAAAACGGCCGUGGUUCUGGAUCCGCUGGUCUACGGAUUCUCUCAUCCGCACUUCCGCAAUUCGCUGAGACAUUUCAUGGCCAAUUUGGCCGACGUGGCUCACAACAACAAGAAGGCCAAGAGUUCCAGCGUCCGUUACAAUCGCGACGGGGUUGCCUUGCCAAACCAAGGAGAAUUAAACAGUAAAAGUUGGCCGACUGGCCGUCGAGCUAACCGCAAUUCUUUUGGCAGCAGUUACCAGUCCCGCGGAAUGACCGUCUACCCGACGGCCAGCGCCUGUUGCCGGACAUUACAAGGAGUGCACGGCGAUAAAUCCAACAAUCAACGGCGGAUGUUGAGGACGUUUCGCGAUUUAUCGGUCGAAUCGGCCAACGUCAAGACGGUCCACUACGCCAACAGAUCGCCACCGAACGUUGGCGAUUUAGAAAUGAGCACCAAUAAUUGCGUGGCCCUCAUUCCCAGCAUUCCCGGCGCCGACACUCAACACAAGGCCAACAAGACGAGCCCAGCAGAUGACGCAAAGCAUCGUAAAGUCGUUAAUAACCGCCAAGUCUACGCCUCCGUUAAUAAUUUCAAGUACAAAGUGCGCAACGCCGAGUUCCACAGCGAAUGUGCUGGACUUUCGACUCUGUCACAGAUUACGGUUGAAGCCCAGCCAAGCAAUAUUUAGUUUUAGUUUUUGAUUUUUCCAGAUUUUUUAACCAGCCAAUCAGCAAACAUUCGUGAUGUUUUUUUCAAAAUAGGAAAUUGUUUGACGUGCGUGUAAAUUUUUUUGAGGGAUUGUUACCUGAUUAAUAUUGGAAUUUAACAAAAUAUUUAUUGUGACCUUUUUCCAAUUAACGUUCAGAGAAUUACUGUGAAUAAUGGGCUCAUAUUUUUUUUAUUGCUACACGUGUCGGUAUUUUUGAAAAUUUGCAUAUCACAAGUUUGUGAUUAUAAAAAUGUCUUGCAGUUUUUUCUUAAUAAUUGGUGGAAUAUCAUCAUAUCUUCUCCUUGCAUAUUUAUUUGGAAUUUCUCAAAGAAUUCAGUCGACACGCAGACUGUUAUAGGAAACUACCGUAUCGAUUAUUCAUUUAACCAUCUUAUUUACUGUAUUUAAAUUUGUCAUUCCAUUGAUAUUUACACACGCGUGGGGGGUAAAUCCUUUCAAACAAUUGACGAUAGAAAGCAUUGUUUACUUACAUAACAUACUCUGUUGCUCAAUAUAACGAGAGAAAUCA